GUCUGUCACACACACACAUGGACAUGGUGAGCGCUGCUGUUCUUGAUUAAUCUUGCCCACCUACUCUGCUGGCCUCAGUGAGAUAUAUAUGCAGGAUGCAGCUAAUUAACUCACACAACACUCCCGUCCAGCCAGCUCGCACUAGCUAGCGACCAAGACCAGUUACUCCACUUUACGCGCUAGCAGCACGAGGAGAAGGAGAGCCCGCGCCGGCCAUGACGACAUACAGGGUGUGCUGCUUCCUGCGGCGGUUCCGGCCGGCGUCCAGCGAGCCGUCGGCGGCCAUCGCCGCCGUCUUCCGGUCCUACGCCUCCGCCGCCAGCGCCGGUGACGUGCUCGGGGAGGAGGCGCUCAAGAGGUUCCUCCGGGAGGUGCAGGGGGAGGAGGGCGGCAGCGCCGGCGUUGGGGACGAAGACGAAGACGGCGGCGUCGAGGCGUUGGUGAGGGAGAUCAUGGCGUUCGCGGCGCAGCAGAAGCUGCUGAAGAAGGGCGGCGGCGGCGGGGGGAUCGCCGCCGAGGGGUUCCACCGCUGGCUCUGCAGCGACGCCAACGCCGCCAUCCAUCCUCGCCGCGGGGUUCACCAGGACAUGGGGCAGCCGCUGUCGCACUACUACAUCUACACGGGCCACAACUCGUACCUGACGGGGAACCAGCUGAGCAGCGGCUCCAGCGUGGCGCCCAUCGUCAAGUCCCUCCUGGACGGCGUCAGGGUCAUCGAGCUCGACCUCUGGCCCAACGCCGGCAAGGACGACGUCGAGGUCCUGCACGGCAGGACAUGGACGUCGCCCGUCGGGCUCGGCGAGUGCCUGGACGCCGUGAAGGAGCACGCCUUCGUCUCCUCUCCUUACCCCGUCAUCCUCACCCUCGAAGAUCAUCUCACCCCCCAUCUCCAGGCCAAAGUUGCAAAGAUGAUCAAGGAAACAUUCGGGGACAUGCUCCACAUCUCGCAAUCCGAGACCAUGGCAGAGUUCCCUUCCCCUGAUGAUCUCAAGGGGAAGAUCAUCAUAUCGACCAAGCAGCCCAAGGAGUACCUCCAGACCAAGAGCAGCAAGGAGGAUUCACAGAACGGCGACAAGGAAGAGGAGGAGAGCGUUUGGGGAGAGGAGAUCCCCGACAACAAGGCCCAACCUGCCGUUGCUCGCCAGAUGUCAGAGCCGGACAAUGGGCAGGGCGUGGAAGAAGAGGAUGAGAUGGACAAGAAGGUGCAGCCAGGGGUUGAUGGCGAGUACAAGCGCCUCAUCGCGAUCCAACUAACCCGAAGGAAGCACGACAUGAAUGAGGAUCUCAAGGUUGACCCCGAGAAGGUGACGCGGAUGAGCUUGGGGGAGAAGGCGUACGAGAAGGCCACCAUCACCCAUGGAGCUGACAUUAUCAGGUUUACACAGAGGAAUUUGCUGCGGAUUUUCCCACGGACGACACGCAUUACUUCCUCUAAUUACAAUCCUCUGAUGGGCUGGAGGUAUGGAGCUCAGAUGGUUGCAGCAAACAUGCAGGGCCAUGGAAGGAAACUAUGGCUGACUCAAGGGAUGUUCAGGGCAAAUGGCGGUUGCGGCUACGUGAAAAAGCCCGAUUUUCUGAUGAACAGCGACCCGGAUAAAAUGUUUGACCCCAGAUCCAAGCUACCAGUGAAGACAAGGCUCAAGGUGACUCUCUACAUGGGUGACGGAUGGCGAUUCGACUUCCACAAGACGCAUUUCGACAAGUUCUCGCCACCGGACUUCUAUGCAAGGGUGGGUAUAGCAGGAGUGGCAGCAGACACAAGGAUGGAGGAGAGCAAGGUAGUCAUGGACAACUGGAUCCCGACGUGGGACCACGAGUUCGUGUUCUCGCUGGCCGUGCCGGAGCUGGCGCUGCUCCGCAUUGAGGUACACGAGGCCGACAACCAUCAGAAGGACGACUUCGCCGGCCAGACCUGCCUACCGGUGUGGGAGCUCCGGCAAGGGAUACGCUCCGUCAGGCUCUGCGCGCGCGACGGCGAGCUGCUGAGGUCUGUCAAGCUCCUCAUGCGCUUCGAGUUCGCCUGAUUAUCGUGCUCCUCUUUCACCCCGGCAAAUGUCGGUGGUGCGUGUAAAAAAAAGUUAGAAUUUUGUUUGGUUGGCCCUGUCUCUGACUCUGUCAUUGUGGACGUGCUGAUGGUGUAUAUGAUGAUAUAGGUGGAACUCAAAAUGCGAUUAUUAUUGUCAUUUGAUGUCUGCGAGAAGAUAAUUUUUAUAUGAGAUGAAAGAUCAAGUGUGGGUUACUUUGGUGAUU